AAUAGUACCGCCAAUCCUACCAAUAAUCAACGCAACAUACCUGGCAUAUUCUUCAGCUAUGACACUUUCCCAUUACUUGUGAAGGUCACUGAAACGCGAGAUCUGUUGGGCACUUUUCUCGCACGAUUGGCCGCACUGGCUGGCGGGUUAUUCGCGACUGUGGGUCUGAUUCGUCAAGCUGUGUGCGGAAUUCCGGAGAUUGUAAUGAACACACGACCAGGUCGCCGUUUUCAAACGAACUGGAAACGUUACCGGCGUGCUUUGAGCGAAAAACUUUCUACCGAGGGAAAAGGUAUGGUUGAGUCGGAACCACCACUUAACCCUGAUUCAGACACCUAA